CCUAUUCAUGUCCAACACCAAGUCCUGUCAUACUUGUUACAAACAACUAGUAAGUUCAUUGAGAAACAAUGGGGAGAUCACCAAGUUUUGAGAAGGGGUUGAAGAAAGGUCCUUGGACGACUGAGGAAGAUCAAAAACUUGUGGCGUACAUCGAAGAACAUGGUCAUGGAAGUUGGCGUGCAUUGCCUGUCAAGGCCGGGUUACAAAGAUGUGGAAAGAGUUGUAGACUGAGAUGGACGAACUAUCUAAGACCCGAUAUCAAAAGAGGAAAGUUUAGCUUGCAAGAAGAGCAAACCAUCAUCCAACUCCAUGCUCUUCUUGGCAAUAGGUGGUCCGCUAUCGCAACUCAUCUACCCAAACGAACAGACAAUGAGAUCAAGAACUACUGGAACACACAUCUCAAGAAACGACUAACCAAAAUGGGUAUCGAUCCAAUCACCCACAAGUCAAGAACCGCGGUCAAUACCAACUUGAGUCACAUGACACAGUGGGAGAAUGCUCGUCUAGAGGCCGAGGCUAGGCUGGUUCGCGGGCCUAGGGUUGCUUCCAACUUUUACCAACGGUUCCAUUAUGGUUCAGCUCCCUUUAUCAACAAGUCAUUGCCGCAACCACUGUGCCUUGAUGUGCUCAAAGCAUGGCAAGGUAUCACUUUAAGUAAGCUAAGUGAUUUAACUAGACUAGAGACAUUUAACAACCAAACCCUAGCGGUUGAACCAUCAGAUAUGAAAACAGAAAACCCUAAAAACAAUUUAGAAAUAUCAAAUGGUUCGGUUAACACUGCUCUUGAGGAUGAAGGAGUUCAAAACACACUUGGAGUCGCGGGUGACAUGAUAUAUCAGGAUGACUAUUUGAUGGAGGCUUUUACAAACCAUUUGGUUAAUGAUGUUAGUAACAGAAGUUUUGAUGGUGGUUUUGAGGAUGUUGAUAACAACUACUGGAGUAACAUUCUUGAUAAAUUAGGGAAUAGUUCGUCAUUUUCUUCUAUUUUCUGAAUAAAAUACAGUAUUGUUGAUCCAUAAAAGACAACUAGCUAGGCUUAGAACAAUGAAUUGGGUGGAUAUGCCACCUAAUUUACUGUGUCCUUAAUUAUAAGUUGUAAGAGAAUUUAAUAAUAAAUAGACAUUUAAUGUUUUUCAGUGAUA